CAUCAUUUAUUUUAGCCUGUUUUUUUGUUACUUUCUCUUUAGUUUGGGUGAUUGUUUUGGUCUAAAAGAAGCUUAAUUUCAACUUCUUGCGUUGUUUAAAAACUGUGGAGUGAAGUGGCCUGUUGAAUUCUGGUUAGAUUGGAGGCAUUUAAGAUCAGGGAAGUUUGCACAAACUGUACCCCUCUGGCUCCUAAUGAAGGUUAGUGUUCAUAUUGGAAUAAAUGAAGCUUGAAAUGGAAGUUGUACUUGCUUGUCUUGUUACCUUGAUUUGGAUUCAGCAAGGUCUUUGUGAUGAGUUUUCCAAUACAUCUGGAACAAGAAACUGGACAUGCACAUGCUCUUCCUUUUAUCCUGGAAAACAAAGUGAUGUUCUUAAAUCUAACUGUUCUAGAUCCUGUGAUUGCAGUCCAGUUGAACCAAAUGGAGGUAGGUGGAAAUGUAUAUGUGCUACUGAUGGAUUCCCCAAAGUAGCAAACAAUCAUGAUACUACCUGUUUUACUGCCUGCAAUUGCACUGCUGGAUCUCUUCCCGAGACGCCAGUGAGAAAGAACUACACUAACAGAGUUGUUGUGAUUGUUCUUUUACUCUGUGUGAUCCUCACAACGUUGGCAUUUCUUGCUUCGUUAACAUGCUAUUUGUACCGAAAGGACAAAUGCCCGAAGUGCCCCAUCAGACUGGCAGUAUUCUCGUCAGAUAAAGAAACUAGUUGCAACAGUGCUACCAACUUAAUAAGUCACAUGACUUCAUCGGCGUCAGAAACUAAGGGAUGCUUUCAAAGUGCUUCAUUCCUUUGUUGGAACAAAACGGGGACUGUGCUUGGAACAAUUUGCCAGUUUGCCUACUCUGAACUGGAAAAUGCAACCAAUAAGUUCUCCGAUUCCAAUCUAAUAGGACUCGGAGGAAGUAGCUAUGUGUACCGGGGCCAGCUCAAGGAUGGAAGAAUUGUUGCAGUCAAGCGACUUAAAAUUCAAGGAGGUGGCCUUGAUGCAGAUUCCAUCUUCUCAACAGAGGUCGAGCUGUUGUCGAGGCUACAUCACUGUCAUGUGGUGCCCUUGCUUGGUUACUGUUCAGAAUCCGGUGGGAAACAUGCCGAUAGACUGCUGGUAUUCGAAUACAUGCCUAAUGGUAAUCUGAGGGAUUGUUUGGAUGGAAUUUUGGGGGAGACCAUGUCCUGGGAAACUCGUGUCAGGAUUGCUAUUGGUGCUGCAAGGGGCUUGGAAUAUCUCCACGAAGCAGCUGCUCCUAGAAUUUUACAUAGAGAUGUAAAAUCUACAAAUAUUCUUCUUGACAAGAACUGGAGAGCCAAAAUAACUGAUCUCGGUAUGGCCAAACGUUUAAGAGCUGAUGGACUUCCCAGCUGUUCGAGUUCUCCAGCAAGAAUGCAGGGAACCUUUGGCUAUUUUGCCCCAGAAUAUGCAGUUUUCGGAAAAGCCUCACUUAUGACAGAUGUUUUUAGUUUCGGUGUAGUUCUUCUGGAACUGAUCACCGGUCGGCAACCCAUCCAUAAAUCAAACAAUAGAGAAGAAAGUCUUGUUAUCUGGGCUACCCCUCGUCUACAGGAUAGUAAGCAAGUGAGCUCGGAGUUACCUGACUCGCGUUUAAAAGGGAAUUUUCCUGAAGAAGAGAUGCAGGUAAUGGCUUACCUAGCAAAGGAGUGCCUACUGUUAGACCCUGAUACUCGGCCAACAAUGAGCGAGGUUGUGCAAAUUCUAUCAACUAUUGCUCCUGAUAAAUCGAAAAGAAGAAAUAUUCCCGUAAACUUUUACCAGAUGUCAUCCGCCCAUAACAUGAAGAAUGAUGCUCUUCUCGAAAGGCAUCAAACCGUAAUCGAGGAUUUAUACGACACAGAGGACCACAUGUCGACGACAUCAAGGUCAGCAGAGAGCUCAGUGCCAUCAGGCACGAAUGAUAUUGGAAUCAUCGGCAACCAAACAGGUAUUCUUCCUGCUGAGUACUGUAUGGAGAGGCUGGUUCUUUUGAGUUCCAAUGCUAGGAGUUCUCAUGUCAUUGACGAUGAAGCAGUAGACUUAAUUGAGCCUCGAUUCGAGUCGUUCGGCAUGGUAAACGUCAAGUCCCCGUGAGAACAAGUAUUCUGUCUGAUGAUGAUGGAGGGUUGCUUGUGUUACAAGUAGGUGAAGUUUUUCAUUGAUUGCAUUUCAUGGCUUUUGUACAGAAAAUUACACGAAAAUUAAAAUUCAAAUCAAGUUUGUAUAGUAACCGGUGGAUCCACUUCCACCUCCGACUGUACCGUCCUCUUACGGCAGAGGAUUUCCGGAAUUUCGAUAUCUGUUCUCCAGUAACACAAUUUGGAUAUUACAUUA